CGGCUUCGGGGCUGGCUAGCUGCAGCGGUCGCGUCGGCAGCAGCGGGGGCUGGGGGCCCGGGACUCCGACUGUCUUUCGUUCCAGCUCCUGCUCAGCCUGGCUGGGGUCCCGGGACGGUAUAAACAGUUUUAUUGAAAUCAUCCUUGGUAAUCAUGGCAGAAGGUGGAUUUGAUCCCUGUGAAUGCGUUUGUUCUCAUGAACAUGCAAUGAGACGACUGAUCAAUCUGUUGAGGCAGUCCCAGUCCUACUGCACAGACACAGAAUGCCUUCAGGAAUUACCAGGACCUAAUUCUUCUAUUGACCCUGGCCUCAGUGUUACCAUGAUAAUAAUGUUCUGGGUGGCCAUUGCAAUGAUCUUGUUCCUAAUGAGACCUUUUAAUCUGAGAGGAUCCAUCAUAUCUGGAAAACCAACCAGUCCACAUAAUGGACAAGACCCACCAGCUCCUCCUGUGGACUAGACUUUCUAUGAUAGAAAACGAAACAGCUAACACCUUGCACGACCAAAUGAAAGAAAGCGACCAGAGUACUCUUAACCCAAUUAGUACUAUUUUUCCCUUUGCAUUUACAGCAUAGGAUGGUAUUGUUUUCAUGAGCUACUAGAAAUUUUACUGUGAUCUAAUUUUUUGCUUCCCAUGUUGCCAUCAUUCCUAUUUAGAGUUUAUGCUUUUUUUUUCCUUAAAGGAGUCACAUGGGAUUCUGGGGUUUCUAGACCUUAAACAUUCCACUUAUUCUCUUUGUAAUGGUUAUGAUUUUUGUGUGUGUGUGAUAAUUUCUGGCCUAAUUGAAGGAGAAUUGCAAUCUCUGCAUUUAAACUGAUGAAAUGGUUUUGAUAGUUUUGUAAGAGUGAAUUUUUUUUGCAUAAAGUAUACUUUUGAAGUUAUUUGAACUCAGCUGGGAAAAUUAGAACCACAUUGUAUUUAUAUUCAAUCUGAGAGUGACUCUCUCUGUGGAUGGUGGUCUUCUCCCUAUCCUUCAGACUUUUUAACCUCAUGGAAUUUUUACCAUCAGUAGCAGAAGCCUAUUAGAACUGCUUGGAAAAAGAAAGAAGAAAUUUUAUGGUUGUUUACUAAGCUUUUAUUACCUUCCAUGAAAUUAUUUUACAUUAAAAAGUUCAAUAAAUGUAAUUGAUAAAUUGCAUAUUUAACUGUCCAUUAUAUAAAAUAUUUGUAAGCCACUGAGCACUAGACUUAAAAGAUUUAUAAAAAACAAAAAAUGAAACGUUCCUAGCUAUGCUAGGAGUAACCUAUGACAUUUUAACUUAAAACUAUAAUUUAUUGUUUAUGAUGAGAACCUAUUAAAAUUGAAAAUACUCUUUUGAGUUGUUGGCUCCGAGUUUUUAGAACUAAAACUUGGAUUACUGCUUUUCCUUUCUGUGAGCAUUUUCAAAUAUGGUUUUACUUGCUAAUUCUCUUUCCUCUUUGAAAAUUAUUUUGACUUUGUUGCCAUUCUAACCUUUUAACAAACCUUUAUGAAUUCUUUGUUGAUUCCAAGGUGAUAUGGUAGAUGGAGAAGAAUGAGAGAUGCUUGUUUUCUCCCCUAAUUGUGAGUCCUAUUUUAGCUAAUGAGAGGAAUGCUUUGUGGAUAUUAAUUUAAGAGCAGUUUUGAAAUGUACAGAAAAAUAAAGAGUUUUAUGUUUUUCUUGGUCAGUUUGGAAAAUGAGGGAGAAUAAUAUAAAGAAUAUGUGUACAUGGCUGCCUUGGUUAUCGAAUUUUUCUCAGUAAAUGAGAACAACUUAUGGGAACCUGGAAUGUACACUUCUAUCCAAUAUAAGACUUUUUUCAUCAUAAAUGCAGUAUCAGCAUAGCCUCUCGUUGUAUAGAUCUUGCACUUGUAUAAGUUGAAUAAACUUCUCUAUAUCAUUGUACUGUGUAAUAUAGUCUCUGAUAUAGUCUGUGACACAUAAGGGAGUAUUUUUUGUUUUUUAAGAUUGAAUUCUAGGCCAUCUAUACUCUGUAAGGUCAUAAUUUUAAAUAUACAGUCUGAUAUUCCUAACUUGAAUUCUUUUUUGUACAUCUUAGUUUUCUGACCAACUUAGUGAAAUACAACCAGCUCUUAAUUACUUCUGCUAAUAGAGGGGUGUUCUAUCCCAGGAACUCUUUAAUUCCCCAAAACAAUGGUUUCCCUCUGCUGUGAUCCACUGGACAAUCAGACUCUGCUUUCCCAACUUUUAGAGAGAGAAUCAGCUGGGGCAGUAGCAGUUGAGAUGAACAGUGGGGACCUGGUGCCCCUCAUCUGCUCCCCCCUCAAAGCGCCAGGAGGCCUGCCACUGUCAGAUACCAUUAUCCAGUGUCAGCCUGGGCCCUGGAAAGGAGGGCUCUCGUCUUAUUCUAAGACCUUCGGGCUGCUUCCAGUUGCUGGUGUUUAUUUGAUACCUGAUCCGAAGCAAGUUUGGCUCCCCCCCCCCCUUUUCUUUGUCUCAGGUUGCUUAUCUAAAGAAUAACCACAGCAGUUCUUAUCUUCAGAGUACUGACACUAAUUAUGUUGCUUCUAAGAUUCUUCGUACCCCUGUCAGGGUGAGGGAUACAAACUAUUCUGAAACAACGCAACAAAUGUAACCCUUAAUGCUUCUGCAUGAUUGAGGCCUUUUUGUUGAACAAACUAGCAAGUCAUUUGCCUUAUAAGCAUUAGCUCUCAAGACCAUCACUACAGUCCUUUUAUUUUUUGAAUAUUCUGGGGGAAAAAAGCUUAGAGCCACAUCUUUUAAAAUCACCAGUGGCACUUAAACACUGCAUAUAGUGUGUUGUUGAGAGGUCAUUUUGUUCAUCACCACAUAAUUAGUUUUAUUUACUCAAAACAAUGCUUUUGGCUUUACAUAUGGGAAAAACUAAGUUGGAAUUGUUUUGUAGUCAAAAGUUUUAUGAUGUUCCAGGCCAUGAUCCCAUGUUCAGCAAGUCACAUUUUUAAACUUGCAAAAAUUCUCUGAAAAAACUGUCAGAGACAGUCUAUCACAAGGUUGCUUUUAGUGUCUUUUGUGAUUUGUGAAUUGAGAGUGUACCAUCGUGUUUAUAUGGAAUUUAUAUAGCUCACAUUUUAGAAGGAACCUUGGAAGAUAUUAAAUAUCGAAAGUCUUUCAUUAAUCAGAUUUGUUUUAAAAACAUUGCCAGCUGAAUUCUCUUAAGGCUGGAAUUCCAGCAACCUGAAAAAGUAAUGAAGAGAGAGUUUACAGUUAAUGGAUUAAAUCUUUGUUAUUGCAGUAGUAGGUUUAGUCUCUUAAUAUAUUAUAUUCUUAAAUGAAGAAUUAUGUGUGUUUGUUACUAUGUCUGAAGAUCACUUUGUUUAAAAAACAAAAAAAAUAAAGGAAAAGUUGUCAUGUGAUGUACUAAAUGUUAAUCGCUGGUUUAAAAUGUCUAAAUUAUGCCAAACAAAUCAUGUCUGUGCCAUCCAGGGUUUCCUGUUAAUCUUUUAUUGAGUACUUGGAUUGGGGUAAAGGGCUUGUACUAUGCACUUUUUAUUAAUGAAUAAAUAGACAACAUUAGUAA